UGUAAACACCAGCAGCACCCAUGGCCUGCAGGUCCUCCUCACCCUGUCAGCUGAGCAACGAUGUUACAAAUAAAGAACCGCAUGAGAUACAGCACGCCGGGUGUCGCCGCCGUGAAGCUGUUCUCCUCCCGCCCCGCCAAAAACCCCUCCGUGUUUCUGGACAUCGAGGCCGACAGUGAGCCUCUGGGAAGAAUAACAAUUGAGUUGAAUGCAGCUGUAGUGCCAAAGACUGCAGCAAACUUCAGAGCACUGUGCACUGGGGAACCUGGCUUUGGAUUCAAGGGAUCUGUGUUUCACAGGAUCAUACCUGGGUUCAUGUGUCAGGGGGGAGAUUUCACCGACUACAAUGGCACAGGAGGGAAAUCUAUAUAUGGGAAGACUUUCAAUGAUGAAAACUUCAAAUUAAAACACACAAGCCCAGGAACUCUUUCGAUGGCAAAUUCAGGGCCAAACACAAACGGCUCCCAGUUCUUCAUCUGUACGGCUAAAACUGAAUGGCUCGAUGGUAAACACGUGGUCUUCGGGCAGGUGAGGGACGGUAUGGACGUGGUCAUCAAGAUGGAAUCCUUUGGUUUACACGACGGUGGGGUGCUUAAGAAAAUUGUCAUCACUGACUGUGGGGAGAUUAAAUAACACUCAAAAUCACAAGUGGACUUCUGUUUGAUGACUCGCCAUGCAACAAUUUGGUAUUUACUUUAUCUUUCGUCCGGGAGAAACUGUCACAGGUGAUUUUGCUCUGCUUUAAAGGCCCUGAAACAGCCACUGAGAGCCCAAUGUCGGGAAUUUUCGCUGCUUUGUUUCAUGUUUGUAUCCUAACAACGGUUUGUAUAUCCCAGUCCUCGAUUUUCCUUUUUCCACUUUUCAUUUGACAAACACAGACUACCACCGUCAGCAGGUAUGGAUAUAUUUUUCCUAUAUGCAGAGUCAGACACAGCACUUACAGUAUAGUUAGCCGUUAAUUGUUUUUUUUUGCAUUGUGUUCUUUUUGGCACAGAUGCAAAUCUUAAAAUCUGAUAUUUCUCUGUUGAUAAUGAUGUUCAAAUAUAUUGCUUUUAUAUUGGGACUUGACCCAUUUACUUUGUGUACAAGCGCUCAGUCGUCCACCAUGUAAAAUGUUCUUAUUAUGCAAUUACUCUCCAUUUACUGCCAAAUAAAAUGACUGUUUUCAGAUUU